CAUCGCGUUGUUAUUAUUGAAGGGGGGAAGGAAAGGUAGACACAGGAAUCCCGCAGUCUUCAAUGGUUCUGCUGUCGGUCAUCCAUGCGCAAUACCGAACCACACCAGCCCAGCACCUGCUAACCGAAUCCACCGGGAUAUUAGAGAUACUGCACCCGCAUGGAUGGGACGCAUACUGGAAAAGCACUAUUGAAACAGAAAAAUCAUGCAAGUUGAAAACAUUUAAACAUCUAUUGCUUUGAAAGCAGAAUAUAGGCUACUGUCAUGCCUGACACCUGACAAAUCCAUUUGCACUGAGCGGACGGUUGCAACUUUUUGGGAAGUUUCCCUGUCCUCGAUUGGAUUCACGUUACUUCGAUUCUUGCGGGUUUGAUCUGUUUAAGAAAGACGAGACGGCGACUUCAGUUGAUUAUCUGUCUUUCCUCUGUUAUCCGAUGGAUAUGCACUGUAAGGCAGACCCCUUCUCUUCCAUGCACCGGCACGGGGGAGUGAACCAGCUGGGCGGGAUGUUCGUGAACGGAAGGCCUUUACCUGACGUCGUGCGCCAGAGAAUCGUGGAGCUCGCGCAUCAAGGGGUCAGACCCUGUGACAUCUCGAGACAGCUGAGGGUCAGUCACGGCUGCGUCAGCAAGAUUCUGGGCAGAUAUUAUGAGACGGGCAGUAUAAAGCCUGGAGUGAUCGGCGGAUCCAAACCCAAAGUGGCCACGCCGAAGGUGGUGGAUAAAAUAGCGGACUAUAAGCGACAGAAUCCCACCAUGUUCGCCUGGGAGAUCCGGGACCGGCUGCUGGCGGAGGGGAUCUGUGAUAACGACACCGUCCCGAGCGUCUCCUCCAUAAACAGGAUCAUUCGGACGAAGGUUCAGCAACCAUUUCACCACUCUCCAGAUGGGACGUCUCUAUCCACCUCAGGACAUACUAUAAUUCCCAGCACAGUGUCACCUCCUGUCUCGAGUUCUUCCAAUGACCCCGUGGGCUCCUACUCUAUAAACGGCAUUCUGGGAAUCCCUCGCUCAAAUGGAGAAAAGCGCAAAAGAGAUGCUGAUGGUUCGGAGGGUUCUGCACAGAGCAGUGAUUCGCAAGGCAGCGUGGAGAGCCUGAGAAAACACCUACGAGCGGAUGCCUUCACCCAGCAGCAGUUAGAAGCCUUGGACCGGGUGUUCGAGAGGCCAACUUUCCCUGACGUCUUUCCCAGUUCAGAUCACAUCAAACCAGAGCAGGCAAGUGAGUACAGCCUCCCUGCAUUGAACCCAGGCCUGGAGGAAGCCAAACCCAGAUUAGCGUCCAGCACGACCUCUGACCUGGGCCCCAGCGUGUCACAGAGCUACACUGUAGGUCGGAAUAUGGCCAACACAACCUUACCUGGAUAUCCACCUCACGUCCCACCCACUGGACAGGGAAGCUACCCAACAUCCACACUGGCUGGAAUGGUUCAUGGGAGUGAAUUUUCAGGGAAUCCCUACAGCCAUCCACAGUACACGAGCUACAACGACGCCUGGAGAUUCAGCAACCCAGCAAUACUGAGUUCCCCCUAUUAUUAUAGUGCAUCCAGAGGCUCCGCCCCUCCAACUGCUGCCACUGCCUAUGACCGCCACUAGUUUCCACGGUAACCAAAUUAGCCGCCACGCCCACAGACUUGGACUUCAUGUUCUGCCAUCGUGAGCAAUGCCGUCGACUGG